GCCGAAAGCUCCGCCCACCCACCCCCCUUCCUCCCCUCCCCUCCUCCUCUUUUCCCGCCGCCAUGAGCGGGUGGGCGCCUUACGUGGAGACGCUGUUGGCGGAUGGGACCUGUCAGGACGCCGCUAUCGUGGGUUAUCGCGACACCCCCGCCGUUUGGGCAGCCGCCCCGGGCAAGACCUUCGCUAACAUUACGGCGGCGGAAGUGGCGGCGUUGGUGGGUCCCGAACGAGGACCGCUGUUGGUUCAGGGGUUGACGCUCGGAGGUCUCCGUUGUUCCGUAAUCCGCGAUUCCCUUUUGGUGGAAGGAGAACACAGUAUGGAUUUACGCACCAAAAGCGCACCCGGAGCCCCAACUUUCAACAUCACCGCCGCCAUCACCAAUAAGACGAUCGUUUUGGCUAUGGGGAAGGAAGGAGUCCACGGCGGUUGCGUCAAUAAGAAGUGCUACGAAAUGGCGUCUCACCUGCGGCGCUCCCAGUACUGAACUGGGAGGAAACUGGGGAGCAACUGGGAAUCCCCCCCCCCCCAAAUCCCCCCCUUUAUCCCCCUUGAUCCGCACCCCCAAAUCCCAGUCCAGGGACCACCGGGAGCCACUGGGACCAACAGAGCCCAGGGGACCCCCCAGUGCCCCCCAAAAACCGCCCCACGCUGCCGGCAGCAAUAAA